AACAAAUCCAGUCCGAGGGUUUGAUUAGACGAAAUUUUUUUUCUUUUUUUGGGGAAAUUUGAGGGCAUAACCCAGACGAGUUCCAUUUUCCCUUUCUUCACCUUGGCCUCUGUCUGCGUCGAAACCCUCGACCAAGAGCCGGCGUAUGCAGUUCUUCUAUGAAGGGAGAAGGGAACAUAACGUAGCAUUAAGAUGGAAAUUUGCUCCUUUCUCCCUCCAAGCGAUUGAUCUAUUACUCGUUCUUGUCCUCCAAGCAUAGUUCGCAGAGUGAAAAGAGGGUUGAGCACUGCCGCGCGUCAGGCACUCGCAGAGAGUAUGUCCUUCGAGCUGAAAGAACUCAUAAGUCUAGAUCAUUAUCUUCUCUUGAUAAAGUCUACCUUUCAAGGAAAAAUGUUGGACAAGGAAAGAAACAUGCUUUUCCCUGAUCGAAGUGUGAAUUUUAGUUCUGGUGGUCCUGUUGCACCUCAUUUGCAGAAUACUGAUUUUACACCUUCCAGUUAUUUUAUCGGUAUGAAUAGCCUUGAAGAGACAUCGAAGAGUAGAAAAUUUAUGAAUUUGGAUGGUAAAAAUCAUCCAGAUGUUUCUACAAUACGUACUGGAAAUAAUCAGUAUUAUGAUAGGAAUAUUUUUUCUAUGCCGCGGCAGCCUGACUUUGAAAAUAUUAAUAAGGGGCUGUUUUCCAAUCCAAGACAACCCUACUUUCAACAGAAGGAAUCUGCCUUUUUUCAUGAAACUUUCAAGAAGGAAGUUUCCAACUUACAAGACAUUGAUCACAUUGCAUGUGCCAGACAGUCAGAACCAAGUGGAUUCCGUUCAGAAUAUAACUAUGAUGUUUUGAGGACUUUCUUGCAUGCCCAAGAAAAGCAGCAGCGUGGUGUGAUUAUUCCUCGUUUACCCGUAGUAUUAGAACCUUCUGGUCAUGAGGUAGCUUGUCUUGAAAAGGAGAAGCUGAAGAAGAACGAUGCUUAUACUUCGAAGGAUCUUGAAAACAGAUAUUUGGGGAAACAGGAUGAAAACGCCACCGAAUAUAAUAAUAGGCCUCUAGUUGAGAGAAGUUUAUGUGUUAAUGAUUGCUUAAAUAGUGAAAGGAUUACCAAGAUUGGUGAUGGAAUUCCUGCUAACAUGGACGAACAGAACAAGCCUACAAAUGGCAGAGUAUCCCCAGCAAUUUCUGAAAAAAUCUGGGAUGGGUUACUUAAGCUCAACACUUCCACAACUGUGCCUGCGGUUGCCUUCUUCAAGAGUGGUGAGAAAGUUCAAGAUAUCAAUUGGCCUGCCCAUCUAGAAAUUAAAGGAAAAGUACGAUUGCCAGCAUUUGAAAAAUUUAUUCAGGAGCUUCCUCGUUCUAGGAACCGAGCAUUGAUGGUAAUAUCCCUUUGUUGGAAGGUUGGAUCUUGCAAAAGUGACCUGGCAGGCAUGAGGGAGGUUGCAAAGGGUUAUACGGAAUCUGAGAAGGUUGGGUUUGCACAAAUAGCUCCAGGCUUCGAUCUUUAUGUAUGCCCUCGUAAUGACAUCAUAAUUACUAUACUCGCUAAGUAUGGUUUUUUCAAAGGAAUGGCAGCAGUUGAAGAAGAUCAGGAUUCGUUAAUUGGUUGUGUUGUAUGGCGUAGAAGCCAAUCAUCCACAAACUACGUUUCUAAAGAUACAGCGGGGAAGAAAACUCUCAUAGAGCAGCCCCUCAAUUCAACUGGAACACCCAUUCAAGGAAUGAACUCACCUGCCAUGGAAGCACGUGAAUGUGAAAAGAAGCAACUUAUGCCAACUGAAACAGAACUAAAAGCAGCUUUGGACCUGCCUGCUUCUGGGGCUAGUACAGUCAUUUCUCUGACUGAUAAUACAAUAUCUAUGAUUACUGAAAACAAAUCUGCACUUUCAAGUAGCAAUUUACACCAUGCCAGCAUUUUCCAAGGUGGUUCCGUCCAAACAAUAUCUUCUUCAAUCCCAUACAGUUUUCCGGUAGUACCAGCUCAGCAGAAAACUCCUGAGAGGCCUUCUUUGAACUUGUUGCAGGAGAAUAGGAAGCCAGCUGACACUAUUCCUCUAGCACAGAAUUCAGGAAAAGAUGAAGCAGUUCUGGUUUCAAACUCGUGGACACAGUUUGCUUUACCUUCUCAAAUUGCUCCUGCAGUUAUGCUGGGAAAUUCUCUUUCAAGCAGUGUUUCACAGAGCCUUGGAAACUUUGGCUCUGGUCCUGCUCCAGGACCCAGGCCUUUAAUCCCUGUAAAUUCCUCAAAUUUUCAGUUUCAGCCACAAGUGGAGCUGAAGAUUCAUUCCAGUGCUGGGAGUGAUUCAAACUGUGCUGGAAAGAAUCUUGAUCCAUGCUUUCAAGCAACACAACCUGCUCUUCUUGAACGGCCUCCUUUACCGCUUGAGCUCCUGCAUAGACUCACCCAGUCAAAUGAAAACAUACCCAAGGCUAUUAUUAAUGGAGGGAUGCUACAAGAUGAGAUUCAUAUCAUGCAUCAGAUAGUAACAAGAGGACCCCAUGAUGUUUUGGAGACAAGUGCGCCUUCUGUUCCUCAAAUUCAGCUAACUUGUGAGGGUUCCAAUAGUGAUGGAAAAGAAAAAGAAAAAGAAAAAGAAGAUGAUGAUGAUCUCCCAGAAUUUGACUUCAGUUCUGCAUGUGGAGAACAAGAAGCGCCCAUUAGCAGAUUUGUUCCCGGAUGCUCUCAGCAAACUCAUUUCCUCAAUGCGCCGCCUCGAAAUGAAAAACUCUCAUUUGAAGCACCUUGGAGCGCAGGUGAUCCCACUUCAAUAGAAACAAGCACAAAGCCGUUUGAGGCCUUGCAACAUAGGCCUAAGCUUUCAACUUUUCCCAGCAACUUACUAAAUUCCAAUGAAGGACUUUCCCUUCCCAAAAACUUCGGAAGGUUUAUCUCUGAGAAGACUCCUUCAACUGAGCGUUAUCAGUUAACCUGUCAGCCGAGUUUCCUGAAGGAAACAAAGGAUUUGGGUAACAAUCCAAGGCAUGGAUUUGGUUUGGAACGUAAAAGCCUCUGGGAUGAUGACGAUGAUGACAUGCCUGAAUGGUGCCCACCCGACCUUGAGCUUCCCGAUGAGCCACCUCCGAUUGCAACUAAAUGUGCACCGUUAUCAUUUCAUCCUUCUCAAAGCCAUGAUUUGCAGCAAAGAUCUCGGCCUGGUUUGCUCGGGCCAUGCCCUCCCUCUGAAGCCCCAGCAAGUGGAUCACUGCAAACAAGACCUGUAGAUGAAUUUGUACGGUUUAGUAAGCCUCCAUUGGGAUCUCGUCGUCGCAGAGAUUCCUUGAGACCUCAAGCAGAUAAAUUUAGUAGGAGACAAACUCCUUAUGCUGCUGAUGGAAGGCGGCAUAGGCGCUAAAACUCAGUUCAAAUCCUGUGAUUAUUUCUGUAUCAUUAUGUGAUAAAGGUUGGGGGUGGGUUUAUUCUUUCACUCCUUUGUUGUCUCUGUAACCAGUAAACUGGUCUUUGCAUAUUGGCAGUAGUAAUUGUGUGCUUUCUUCACUAUGGAUCUGAUCUCUUCGAGAUGUAUUUGUUGCGUAAGGCAACAGUUCCAGUCCUUGAAUUAUAAAAACUUAGUGAAGUGUUUAGUUUCAGUCAGGUUCCUUCCUUCAACUCUACUUGCAUUUAUGUCUAAGUAGCCAAAUGAUGCCUUAAAGUU